AAGACGCUAUCUCACUUGAACUGACGCACACUUUGACCUGAACGUUGGAGAGAGCCGAGAUGGGGAGAAAGCGGUUCUCGGGUUUGGAGGUGACCCUCAUGGUCAUGUUUGCACUGAUGUCGGUGGCGGCCAUCACCCUCAUAGUCCUGUUUGUCACUGGAGAGCCUGGAGUCCUUAAAGAUGAACCUACUGAAGAAUUCAUUCCUCAGUGUCCCAACAUUCCUCUGGCUGAGAGAGUCGACUGUUUCCCUGACGCUGGCGCCUCAAAGCAACAAUGUGAGAUGCGUGGCUGUUGCUGGAGCCCACUGGAUGAGCGAAAUGUCCCCUGGUGCUUCUUCUCCACCAACCACAGCUACACGGUGGAAACUAUGGAGAAUCCCACUGCUUUUGUGUACAAUGCCAAGAUGAAGAGAAUGGCCUCUCCUUCGUUAUAUGGAGCUGAUGUCCAAGAACUGGCCUUUCAUGCAGAAAUGCAGACGGACAACAGGCUGCGAUUUAAGAUCUAUGAUGCUAACAAGCAGAGGUUCGAAGUCCCUCAUGAGCACGUCAGCAGCAUCACCAACAACCCGUCCAGCGCCAUCACCGAAACACUGGAGGUGAAAUCCGAGCCCUUUGGCCUCAUUGUGCGCAGGAAGGAGAACAAAAAAGUCCUGUUUGACACCACGAUAGGUCCACUGGUGUUUUCAGAUCAGUAUCUGCAGCUGUCUGCCAGGCUUCCAUCCCAUAAUAUCUACGGCCUUGGAGAGCACGUGCAUAGACAGUAUCGCCAUGACACAAACUGGAGAACCUGGCCGAUCUUCACCAGAGAUGGUUUCCCUAACGGGGGAACUCACAACCUCUACGGGCACUAUCCCUUCUUCCUCUGUUUGGAGGAUGAGAGUGGCAAGUCAUUCGGGGUCUUCCUCAUGAACAGCAAUGCUAUGGAGGUGACUCUGCAGCCCGCUCCCGCUGUGACCUACAGAACGAUCGGAGGAGUCCUUGACUUUUACAUUCUCUUUGGAGACACACCAGAACAAGUGGUGCAGGAAUUCCUGGAGCUCAUCGGCAGACCGGUCAUUCCUGCCUACUGGUCUCUGGGUUUCCAGCUUUCUCGAUGGGACUACGGCAGCCUGGAUGAGGUCAAGGCAACCGUUGAAAGGAACCGCGCUAUAGGCAUCCCAUAUGAUAUUCAGUACACUGACAUUGACUACAUGGAGGACAAGAAAGAUUUCACCUAUGACAAAGUCAAGUUCAGUGAGCUGCCGCAGUUUUAUGACUACCUUCAUGAGAAGGGGCAGAGAUACAUCCUCAUCCUGGAUCCUGCCAUAGCGACCAGUAAGAGAGUAGGAAACACUCCGUAUGAAUCCUAUGACCGUGGGACUCAGAAAGAAGCUUGGGUCUUUGAAUCUGAUGGGGAAACUCCUCUGUUGGGAGAGGUGUGGCCAGGAGAGACUGUAUUUCCAGACUACACCAGCCAGAGCUGCAUCGACUGGUGGGUUGAUGAGUACGAGCGCUUCUCCAGGGAGAUCAAACAUGAUGCCCUCUGGAUUGACAUGAAUGAGGUGUCUAAUUUCAAGAAAGGAUCAACUAAAGGCUGUGCUGACAACAACCUCAACUAUCCUCCAUACACACCAAAGAUCCUGGAUGAGGUGAUGUACAGUAAGACGCUGUGUAUGGAUGCCAAGCAGGCCUGGGGGAACCACUAUGAUGUCCACAGUCUAUAUGGCUACUCCAUGGUGCUGGCUACUGAAAAAGCUCUGCAGCGUGUCUUUGGAGGAAACCGUACCCUCAUGUUGACCCGCUCCUCCUUCCCAGGUGUGGGGAAGUAUUCGGGUCACUGGCUGGGGGACAACGCUGCCAACUGGAACGACAUCAAAUGGGCCAUCCCGGGCAUGCUGGAGUUUGGGCUCUUUGGGAUUCCCUAUAUCGGAGCUGACAUCUGUGGUUUCUUUGACGACUCCAGCGAAGAGUUAUGCCGACGCUGGAUGCAGGUGGGAGCGUUCUACCCCUUCAGCCGGAACCACAAUGCUCAAGGCUACAAGCCCCAGGAUCCUGCUGCAUACGGCCCUGACUCCGUGCUGGUGCAGACGUCCAAACACUACCUGAACAUUCGUUACACCCUCCUGCCUUACCUCUACACUCUCUUCUACAAAGCCCACACCACCGGAGAGACGGUAGUACGUCCUGUGAUGCAUGAGUUCUACUCUGACAGUGCAACUUGGACGGUGGAUCGCCAGUUCCUUUGGGGGAAACAUCUGCUCAUCACACCUGUACUGGACCAGGGGGCAGUCAACGUGUGGGCAUACAUCCCAGAUGCUGUGUGGUACGACUAUGAAACGAUGGAACGGCUGGAACACCGCAAAAAGCAUGUUAACAUGUAUCUUCCUGCUGACAAGCUUGGCCUACACAUCAGAGGAGGAGCCAUCCUCCCCACACAGGAGCCCGAUGUCACCACCACCUACAGUCGCCGUCGACCCAUGGGUCUUAUUGUUGCUCUUGAUGACAAGGACCAGGCGGCGGGCGAGCUAUUCUGGGAUGACGGAGAUUCUAGAGACACAGUUAAAACUGGCAACCACAUCCACUACCAGUUCUCAGCUGUUUAUGGAGUUCUGACGAUGCAGGUGACCCAGUCUGGCUACACAGACCCAGCCGACAUUAAGUUCACUAACAUCACUGUCCUUGGCGUGUCUAAUCCACCCACGUCUGUUUCUGUGACUCAUGUUGGCACGGGAUCGAGUGGAGACUCUACCACCGCAGUGCCAAACAGCAACAUCCAGUACGAUGCAGUCAAGGAGGUUCUUUUGCUGCACAACCUCUCGCUGACUCUGGGGGAGUCUUAUCGGAUACGGUGGGAAAUGGUGGCAGAGGAGUACCAGCGCUUUGACUGCCAUCCAGAGGAGAACGCCGAUGAGGCGAAGUGCAAGGCCCGAGGAUGCAUCUGGAAGCAAAGCGCUCUUGAAAGUGUUCCAUGGUGCUACUAUCCAAGCGACUACGGAUACCAGGUGACAACAUUCGAAGAGAGUGACACAGGCAUGACGGUUGAGAUCACCCGAAACAACAAGUACAGGAGCAGCUACCGCCCUGGGUCACCAGACAUUGAUGCUCUACAUGUUAAGAUCCAUUACCACAGCUCAGAAAUGCUGCAGUUCAAGAUCUGGGACCCUGCCACUGAUCGCUACGAGGUUCCUGUGCCGCUGAUGGUUCCUGCUACACCUGAGACAGACGCAACCAAGAGGCUUUAUGAAGUCCGGGUCAACAACAACCCAUUCGGUAUCGAGGUCGUUAGGAAAAGCACAGGAACGAAAAUUUGGGACUCUGCCGUGCCAGGUUUCACCUUCUCAGACAUGUUCAUCCAAGUGUCAACGCGGCUGUCGUCAGAGUUUGUGUACGGCUUUGGAGAGACGGAGCACCCCACCUAUAAACACAACCUCAACUAUCACACCUGGGGCAUGUUCGCUAAGGACCAGCCUCCCGGUUACAAGAUGAAUUGCUACGGAGUGCAUCCCUUUUAUAUGGGUCUGGAGGACACCACCGAUGCUCACGGAGUGCUGCUGCUCAACAGCAAUGCCAUGGAUGUGACGUUCCAGCCCACUCCAGCGUUAACCUACAGAACUCUUGGAGGCAUCCUGGAUUUCUACAUGGUCUUGGGACCGACGCCAGAGUCUGUGGUGCAGCAGUACACUGCGCUGAUUGGACGGCCGGUUCUACCUGCCUAUUGGUCCCUUGGGUUCCAGCUUUGUCGCUAUGGUUACGAAAACGACCAAGAGAUAGCAGAUCUUUACAGUGACAUGAAGGAGGCGGGAAUACCCUAUGAUGUUCAGUAUGCAGACAUCGACUACAUGGAGCGCCAGCUGGACUUUGUCCUGGACAAAAAUUUCACAGGACUUCCUGCUCUGGUGGACAGAAUGAGGGGAGAGGGCAUGAGGUUCAUCUUCAUUCUGGAUCCAGCUAUCUCAGGAAAUGAGACCGACUACCCGGCCUUUGACAGAGGUGUUGCUGCAGACGUCUUCAUCAAAUGGCCCAAAGAGCUCAGUGAUGGCAUUGUGUGGGGGAAGGUGUGGCCAGAUUUCCCCAACGUCACAGUGGAUGAGUCUCUGGACUGGGAUACCCAAGUAGAGGAAUACAGAUCUUACGCAGCAUUCCCAGACUUCUUCCGCCAAACGACGGCAGAGUGGUGGCACAAAGAGAUUGAAGAUUUCUACCACAAUAUUACCAAGUUUGAUGGCAUCUGGAUUGACAUGAAUGAGCCUGCCAGUUUUGUCCAUGGCACGGUUGGAGGGGAAUGCCUUGGCAAUCAGGACCUUGAGUUCCCUCCUUACAUGCCACCCCUAGAGUCCAAACAUCUUGGCUUGAAGCACAAGACUCUGUGCAUGAACAGCGAGCAGAUUCUCAGUGAUGGAAAGAGAGUCAGACACUAUGAUGUCCACAACCUCUACGGCUGGUCACACUCCAAGCCCACAUAUGACGCCCUGCUGGAUGUGACGGGUAAAAGAGGCAUCGUGGUGACCAGGUCCACCUACCCCUCCAGUGGAAAAUGGGUCGGACAUUGGCUGGGAGACAACUUCUCUGGCUGGGACCAGCUUUACAAAUCCAUUAUAGGCAUGAUGGAGUUCAGUCUGUUCGGCAUCUCUUACACCGGGGCGGACAUCUGUGGGUUCUUCAACCCAGCUGAGUAUGAGAUGUGUCUGCGCUGGAUGCAGCUGGGGGCCUUCUAUCCAUAUUCACGCAACCACAACGGCAAGGGUAACCCGAGACAAGAUCCUGUCGCCUGGGGUCCUGUCUUCGCAGAAGCUUCCAAGGACGUGCUGAACAUCCGUUACACCCUCCUGCCAUACCUGUACACACUGAUGUUUGAGGCUCACACCACAGGAAGCACCGUCGUCAGGCCGCUGCUGCACGAGUUUGUGGAGGACAAAACCACAUGGGAUAUUCACAGGCAGUUCCUGUGGGGGCCGGCCCUGCUCAUCUCCCCCGCCCUCGACCAGGGAGCCAGGAAUGUGGAUGCUUAUGUACCAAAUGCACGCUGGUAUGACUACCACACGGCUAAAGAGGUCGGAGUGCGAGGUCAGAUGGUUCAGAUGCCCACACCGUUGGACCAUAUUAACCUUCAUAUCAGAGGGGGAUACAUCCUACCAUGGCAGGCUCCAGAGAGAAACACCUUUUACAGUCGCAAGAAUCCUUUAGGACUGAUCGUUGCCCUGAGCGACAGCGGAAGAGCUCAAGGAUCAUUCUUCUGGGACGACGGGGAGGGAAUAGACACGUUUGGGAAGAAGCAAUACCUGCUGACCACCUUUACAGCAGCAGCGAAAAAACUGACCAGUAAGAUCGAGCACAACGGCCUGGCUGCUGCUGACCAUCUCAUCCUGGGUGAGGUGAAGGUCUGGGGUGCAGGUUCUGUUAACAUCACUCAUGUGACUCUAACAGAUGGGAAAGGAACGGAGCAUUCACUGACCCCGACGCACAACCUGGACACUCAGGAGCUGAUUGUUGAUGCAACUUCAAAGUCUGUUCCUGUGCACGAGACUUUCACCAUGACCUGGAGGACCAGCGCCUAAACAAACAAGUUCUUCUUGUGUUUUGCUUCUUGUGAAUAAUUCUGAAAGCCUGCCUGUACAUAAUGGUCCAUUUGAUAUAAUGUGAUUUAAAUUAAAUGCUCUUUGCUGCUGGAAUUUAAAUGAUGAGCCUAUAUUUUCAUGUCCUGUUUCUCUGUGGCCAAAUUAAGGCUGUUUAUUUGUAUUUUUUCACGUCAUGUCAAAUAUUGUGUAACAUUGCAUUACACCGACUGCAGACAGAAUAUACAUUUGUUGUUUAAAUAACUGGACUGAGUGAGACAAUCAGACUGUUCUUGUUUCCCUACCAAAUACAUAAAACUAAAAACCA